AUGUGUGGAAUCUUCGCGGUGCACAACUACCAAGGCGAUAUUAAUACGCUUCGUCGACGAGCAUUACAAUUAUCUAAAAAACUAAGACAUCGCGGUCCAGACUGGAGCGGUUGUAAAAUCGCGGGCAAUAACAUUCUUUGUCACGAACGUUUGGCUAUUGUGGGUAUUGAUAGUGGGGCUCAACCUCUCACAAACGAAAACGAGACAAUCAUCUUGGCUGUUAAUGGAGAGAUCUAUAAUCACAAAUUAUUAGAGAAAAAAGUCCCUAAUGCUCGUUUCAAGACACAUUCUGAUUGUGAAGUGAUCCUUCAUUUGUACGAAAAAAUCGACAAAGAUGUAGUUAACCAUCUCGAUGGGAUGUUCUCCUUCGUUCUACUCGAUACUACAAGAAAUAGAAUCAUCGCAGCACGUGAUCCAAUCGGUAUUACCACCCUCUACCAAGGCUGGUCAUCAAGUUUACCAGGAACCGUCUACUUUGCAUCAGAAUUGAAAGCGCUGAACGAAGACUGUGAUAAAAUCAUCGCGUUUCCUCCUGGUCAUAUUUACGAUUCGGAGACGGGUGAGACUACCAGAUAUUAUAAUCCGACGUGGUGGAACUCUGAUGAAAUACCAAAGAACCCGGUCGAUUAUAAGGUGUUGCGAGAAGCUUUGGAGAAAGCGGUGCGCAAACGAUUGAUGGGUGAAGUGCCAUAUGGAGUGUUGUUGAGUGGUGGUCUUGAUUCGAGUUUAAUUGCUUCUAUUGCUACUCGCGAGUCGCUUAAAUUGUCUGCUACCCUAAAUGGUAACACGGAAGAUGAAGAUAUAGAUGAAAGUGCUCCUGACUUGGUCGCUGCACGUCGGGCUGCUGACUUUCUUAAAACCGAACAUCACGAAUACACUUUCACCAUUCAAGAAGGUCUUGAUGCCGUGCACGAUAUUAUUUACCAUCUGGAAACCUAUGAUGUGACGACAAUUAGAGCGAGUACUCCAAUGUACUUGCUGUCACGUAAAAUCAAAGCAAUGGGCGUAAAGAUGGUUUUGAGCGGGGAGGGUAGUGAUGAGAUUUUAGGAGGGUAUCUUUAUUUCCACGCUGCUCCUAAUGCUACCGAAUUUCACGAAGAAACUAUCAAUCGAGUCAAAAAUCUUCACACUGCUGACUGUCUUCGAGCUAAUAAGUCGACUAUGGCUUGGGGUCUUGAAGCACGUGUCCCUUUCCUGGAUAAAGAUUUCCUUGAUGUUGCAAUGACCAUCGAUCCAGAAGAAAAAAUGUACAAAGAAGGAAGAAUGGAAAAAUACAUUCUCCGAAAAGCCUUUGACGUCUCCACCACUGGUGACUCUCGUCCAUACCUCCCCGACAACAUUCUCUGGCGUCAAAAAGAACAAUUUUCCGAUGGUGUCGGAUACAGCUGGAUCGACUCUCUAAGAGAUGCCGCGGAAGAACAUAUUACUGAUGAACAGUUUGCUAACGCUGCAGAACGAUGGCCUAUGGAUACCCCGACAACAAAAGAAGCCUAUUGGUAUCGAGAACAAUUUGAAAGUUGGUUCCCGGAAGAAGCAUGUUCCACUAGUGUUGUGAGAUGGAUUCCUAGAUCUGAUUGGGGAUGUCCCGAGGACCCAUCUGGUCGUGCACAAACUGUGCAUCAGGCUGCAUAUGAUGCUUUAGAAUCAUAA